UUUUUUGACCAUUUCAUUAAAGUAAAUAUUUUAAUGCACUGCAAAAUUUGAGUUAAUUAUGAGCAUACACAAAUGUUUAAAUUAAUGGCAAACUGCUUUGCAUGGAUCAAAACAUGGAACAGUUCGCCAAGAGAUGUUAAGCUAAUGAUGAUUGGUCUAGAUGAUGCAGGAAAAACAACAAUGCUUGCAAGUCUACAAGGAGAACCACCCGAUGGAAUAACUCCUACAGUUGGUUUUGCUAAUGCUAAUUUAAACAUUAGCAGGUGGAAUAUUACUUUGUUUGAUCUUGGAGGUGGAAAUGGUGUGCGAUCAGUUUGGGAAAAAUACUAUGCAGAGAUUUAUGGUAUAAUAUUUGUUGUUGAUUCUGUAAAUGAAAGUCGCAUUGAUGAGUCAAGUGAUGUGUUAGAGAAAAUUUGUAAUGAUUCAAAAGUGGAUGGCAAACCUAUUUUAAUAUUAGGGAAUAAGCAAGACAAAGAAGGUGCAUUAGGGAAAGAAAAGAUUAUUGAAAGACUUCAUUUAAAUGAACUUUCUAAAGCACAUGACUUUAAGUUUAAUGUAUUUUUAUGUUCUGCUACUAAAGGUUAUGGUAAAAAUACAGAUCAAAGUAUAAAUUUAGGACUUAAUUGGUUGCUAGAAUGUAUAAAAAAUGACCACCAAAAAAUUCAUCAAAAAGUAGAAAAAGAAUCCGCUAUACAGAGAGAAAUAGAAACAAAAGAGAAAAUGGAACGAAUGGAAAGAAUCAAAAAACUAAGAGAGGAAAGGGAAAAAGCUGCAUUGGAAGCAGGUAUUGACAUUGAUGCAGAAGAUUCUGAAGAUGAUGUAGUUUCUGGAAAUCCAUUUAGAAAUAUUAAGGAACAAAUAAAAGUCACUGAAAAACGAGAAAAGAAAUCAAAAGAAAGAGAUCGCAAAAUAAAGGAUUUUCAGGCAAAAAAAACUGAAAAAAAAAACUCUUGUGUUGAUGAAGAUUCUUCAAUGAAUGUAAAAAGCAAAACAAACAAAAAUAUUGUUGAAGAAAGUGAGAAACAUAAAGAAAUUUUGAAAAAUACAUUAGAGGAUACUGUGCAUAAUAAAAAGAGGAAUUUAAAAAAAAAGAAGGUCAAAAAGAAAAUUGUUACCCUCCCUUCACCUCCCCCUUCACCUCCCCCUUCACCUCCCCCUCCACCUCCCCCUUCACCUCCAUGUGAAGUGAGCAAUGAUAAUAAAAACGAAAAAAAUUGCAAGAAAGUGACAAAUAAAAAAAAGGAAAACUUAAUAAAUAAAAAUGAUAUUUCAAAUACAAACUAUACAAACUUUCAAAGUAGUCAAAUCAUAAAUAGUUCUGAUGGCUUGAAACAUUCUGGAAAAACUAAAAAAUUUUCUAAAAAAGUUUACUACAAUGAAAAUGAUAGUUGCAGUAGUAUUGAUCAUAUAAAUGGACCUAAUUUAAAUGAAGUUCCAAUUUUACAAUCUAAUAAAAGUUAUAAUAAACUAAAUUUAGACUCUGUUAUUGCCAAAGAAAAAACUGCAAUUGAUACAAUUAAUGGUUCUCGAGUGCAUCUUUUUCUUGCUCGAUCUUCCAAUGAGUCUUUAGGAAACUCAUCUUAUGUUGAAUGCAAGAAAAAAACAAAAAAAAGUGAAAUAGACACUAAUAGACAAGUAAAAAAAAAGAAAAAAAAAAACAGAACUGCCCCAAUCGCUUGCAGUAGUCCAAAUGAGGUUCAGGAUUGUCCAGAUUUAUUUGAAUUAAAACAAAAUGGUCAUGCAUUUAAGUUAGAACCAAUCAAGCAGAAAGGAAAAAUACCAAGUUUCCAGAAUGAUAGUGCAAGUAUUCCUUCUUGGGCACGUCCUCGUCCAAAUUGUGAAGAACAAGAGGCUAUCACGUGAAAUUUAAACAGGAAGUUUAUUUCUCUGGUUCGGAAAAUAUGUUUCAAACUAAAUGUAAUCUAGAUUUGUUAGAUUUAAUAUAAACAUAAUAUUCUGGCAUAGAGCUACAAGAUUUUAAAGUGAAAUUAUUGCCAGUUUACAAGAAUUUGAAAACAGUAACGGUUUUAAAUGUGUAUUUCCUGUACACUCAAAAAUAUGUAAUAAAUUUUACAGUACACUCAAUCAUAUGUAAUAUAUUUUAUUUAAAUAAAUAAAUAACAAAUUCU